AUGUUGCCGCUAUGCAGGAGACCUAAUGACCACGUCAGCGGAAAUCCCUCAACAAGUAAUGCGGUCUUGAAAGUGCAAAAUACGUCUGCCAAGGAUGUCGCUGCUGGAACUGUCCCAUCAAAAUGGUUGGCGUUAGCUCCAAGCAACUCAUUUUUCAAAGUUCUCACCAUACUAUUUUCUCUACAAAGAAAAAUACCGAAAAUACGAAAAUUUUUUGAGAGGAAUAAGUUACACCCUGAAUGGAGGUCUACUCAACUGAAUAACCAGGAAAAGCCUUGUACCAUGGAUGACCCUCGCAAAACGGAAUUGCCAUUCAACCAGGGAAAUGCCUCAGCGCAGGUAGUUCAGGAUAUCAGCGAUAAACUCGGAGAAGAACCAAAGUUGGGUGAAGAUAGAGAGGAAGACUUUGCACAUUGUAAAGUUAUGGAGGCAACAAUACCAAAGGUUGGUCUAGAUAGUUGUAAUUUGACAGCAGUCAGUACUGAAUGGUCCGAUGAAGCAAUCGUGAGCCACGAGGAAGUGGAUUCGUCACGUGAGGCUGCUAUAGAAGCUACAGUUAUGAAGGUCAGUAAAACUAUGAGGACUGUUUUCGAAGUACAACUAGUGACUGAGUGA